AUGCACAAGUUGUUGACAGCAGCCCAACUUGACUUUAUAACAUAUUCCUUUAUCGAUGGUAAGCGAGGAGUUUUAGCUUCCCAGACGCUAACCUAUCUCCCGUUCGCCAAUGUCAGGCGUCCUCCCUCUUUAUCGAGGGGGUCAGACGAUUUCUACCCGUACGGCGCUACGGGAUUUUUCGUCUGGCCGUUUUCCCCACACGGAGCCGCUUGCAUGCACAUGUGCAAAACAACUCGUAGUUUUAAACACCUCGCUGGCAAAGCGAUUUAUUCUACGUUUAAAUUACAGGACAAUAGAAAGCAUUUGACGCUAAUAUUAAAUAAAGAAUCAUCGAG